AAAUAACUAUAUUCCUAAUUGGCGUUGGUAUUCCAUAUUUUAUAAGGAGAUAAAAGAAUAAUAUAACACUUAAAGAAUGAUCGUAAUUCUCCUAGAAUUUUCUUAAAAUCUCAAGUCGUGGCUAGUAAACCCAGCAGAAGACCACGAUCCCCACCUGAUGAGAUAAGUCCCCAGUUCAUCCAAUUCCCGCAGUUCCUCCCACCUCCCUCAACUCUCCUCUUUCUUCGAUUAUGGUUGCUAUAAAAACAUUUUCUAAAAUUAGAUCUUCUGAUUUUGAUUUUCUGAAAUUAGGGUUUUUUAAGUAGUAAUUCUAUAUGUAUGAAUCAACCUAAUUUCAUUCCAGCUUCAGUUUUUCUACUGCUUUAGAAUUUAUAUCUUCUUUAAUUUGAACCGUUUUAUGAUAUCGGGUCAGAUUUGGAAGAAGGAAAUCCAUCAAUUUCUUCAUUCUCUGCAAGACAUCAUCGAUUUUAUCUGCACAAGCUGGUCUUCUUGGAGUUCACUCAUUCUUCUAAGUGGUUGUUGCUGUUGUUACUUUGCUGCUGUACGUUCAAGAUUCACCUUGGCUACAUUGCUCGCUGACUUCUUUAUAUCUUCUCCUUCUCUAGAGUAUGAGGAAAGUUCUUGCAGGAAAUAUGGAUGAAAACCCACAACCUCCGGCAGUAAAGAAAGUAAGAGGAGGGGCUAAGUUGAACUUCCUUAAUAAGCUGAAAAAGGGUGAGAAAGUAUCACUGGAAUUUUGCCGGGGCGCACCAGUUGGACUGAACGCAAAUAAGAUCUCGGCUUACUGUGGAAAGCUGGCACUAAAUGGAGAAAACUUCCCUUUUGACAUUCCAGACUGGUCUGGUAUGCCCCAUAAGGAAGAAAAGCUUGAAGAAGCCAUUGAAGAGUUGAAGAAUAUUUUUCAUUAUUCUGAUGAGAUCAACUUUUGGGUGGAGGAGAAAAUCCAUGAAAAAUGGAAGGCAAGCAAACGUAACAUGAGGUUGGAACAUUUCGAUGAGAAGAAGACUGAUGCACAAAACCGAGCUAGUUGUCCAGACAAAACUCAGUGGGCAAAUAUGUUGAUAUAUUGGCGUUCACCUGAAUUCAAGAAAAAGAGUGAGAAUGGCAAAGCAAGUAGAAAGUGUUUGGUUGUGCCUCAUCAUGGUGGUAUUAAGUCAUUCGUGAACCACGCGAUAGAGAUAGAAGAGACAACACAAAAGAAAGCAAGUCGAGCGGCUGUGUAUCAGAAAACCUAUAGAGUCAAAGAAGGGAAAACUCCCAACCCUAUAUCUGAAGCAAAUCGCGCUCAAGUGGAAGCCUUGGAGAGGAAAAAUUUAGAAGAGAAUGGUUCAGAUAAUGAUGUUUCAAUCUUAGAACGCACUUCUUAUGACCAGCUGAAAGGAGACAAGUAUUCUAAAAUCAUGGGAGCUGAGAAACCAGGUCGGAUUCGUGGUGUUGGUUCAGCAAUUAAAGUAACCAAGCUUAUAGGGGAAUCUUCUUCAAAUGUUGUCCAAAACAACGAGGAAAAUGCUGUAUUAAGAGAUGAAAUUAAGAAACUGAAGGAGGAUCAGGUUCAUAUGCAGAACGACAUGGAAAGAACGUCUUGAGAUGAAGAAAACUGUAGAUGAGAUAAAAAAGGCUAACGAGGAAUCAUAGAAAAAAAUAGAUGCCAUUUUGCUACUGUUUGCUGGUCGGAGGGACCUCCCACAUCCAGAGCCAUAGAGUUAUGAUCUUACUAGACGAAUCUGAGGUUAAUUUCAUUGAAAGAUAUUAUGUUCAAGAUGCUGGAAGAUAUUUGAUAGUUAACUUUGGAAGUAAGAAAUCCAUCUGUGAUAAUUUAAGUAUUUUGUUUUCAUUCACUUUAGAGUUUUCCUGAAACUUGAAUCAGGCUCUAUUUGCUUUCUUAUAUCAGACCAAAAAUCGUAUAGUAUUAAGUUUUUAUUUGCUUUGGAACUUAAUGAAUCAGACAAACAUGUAGAACUUGUGUUUUUUAACGAAUACAUUGACUUUCU